UCCCCUCGGCCCAAAAUUCCACUACAUCAUCACUCACUAGCUCUCGUCGCCGCCUUCACACUGAGAGAGAGCAUCAUCGAUCAGCUUGGGCAAGCUCCUUCGUCCGCCAUGGAUCCGAGGGCCUUGGUCCUGGUGGUCGUGGCGGCGGCGGCGGACGGGGUCGGCGGGGACUUCGCGGCGGACCGGGCAGAGUGCUCGGACAAGCUGGUGGGGCUGGCGACGUGCCUGACGUAUGUGCAGGACGAGGCGGCGGCGCCGACUCCGGACUGCUGCGCGGGGCUCAAGACGGUGCUGCAGACCAGCCGCAAGUGCCUGUGCGUGCUCGUCAAGGACAAGGACGACCCCAACCUGGGGCUCAAGCUCAACGUCACCAAGGCGCUGGGGCUCCCCGCCCUCUGCAAGGCCUCCGCCAACAUCUCCGACUGCCCCAGGCUGCUGAACCUGGCGCCCAACUCCAAGGAAGGGCAGGUGUUCGAGCAGUACGCGAAGCAGGCGGCGGCGCAGGGCACCGCCCCCAGCGGUGGCGGAAGCAGCGCGCCGGCCUCGGGCGCGCAGAAGAGCGGCGGCACCGGGCCCGCGGGGCGGUGGUUGGGAGUGGGGAGGGUCGGUGGCGGCGGCGGCGGCGCACGCGCGGUGGUGCUCGCCGCGGCCGCCCCACUCGCCGUGCCUCUCCUCAUCCUGCUGGGAUAGACGAGAUGGUGAAUGAACGGCCGGCGGCGGAUCAUCGGAGGUGUGGUUGCGUACGUCUUGCGUGGUGUGCUGUGUUCUUGCGUGGCGUACGUUGGCAGUUAAUUAUCGUUUGUUUAAACUUGAACCGUUGGCAGUUACUAUCUCACUUUAUUAUCAGCUAUAAUGUGGACAAAAUUAAAGGUCGUUGAUUUCCA